AUGCAGGACAACAAUGCUUCGGCAUCUUCCGUUCUUUUCGCAGAUUUCGACUUGGAUCUCGGUGACAUUGGCGGGCCGCUCUUCUGGCUUCCACCGGCCGACACCUCGCUGGUCACGCACUACGAGGUGUACCUGGCAAAUGACACAGCAGCAGACUGGAGGGAGCACUAUGCCACCAUCCCUGUGGGCACAACCAACCUGCACAUCCGUGCGGAGAAGAAGCUGAUGACGGAAAGCACGUACCUCUCCCACUUCGUGGUCUACACACGGUCCUCACUUGUGGAGCAGUCGACACCCAGCAUUCACCGCAUCGUAGACGAGUUCGCCAGCGUCUCCAACAUCUCGUUCACAGAUCUGGAUCUGGACCGGGAUGAGAUUGGUGGACUUGUUGCCUGGGAUUCUCCAGCCAAGACCGACCUUGUAGAAGGCAAGCAGUUUGCAGGGUCCGUGGCAGGAUUUGGAAUAGGCAUGAUUUGA